UCAUCAAAAUGUAAGUUUAAUUUCUACUCUGACCAGUUCAUUUUAGACUGAAAGAAUAGUUUUUUACAUUUAUGGACUUUUUGCAGCACUGGCAAGUGUAGUUUCUGACUGUUUUGGCUUGUAAAUAUGAUUCUUUAGAAUGCUCUUUUUGGCCUAUCAACACUGCCUAAAAGAACUUCUGGUUGUCCACCAUUUAGUUUUAGUUGUAUGAUUCCACUGUUGUUCUAAGGAUUGUGGAAUGAAAUGUUGUGGUUGGUGGAAAGUGAGAAUUUUGGCUGCUUAAAUAGCAUCAUAUUCAACCUCAACUCAAUUUUCAGGUGUAGAUUGAUCCACAAAGGCGAUUGACAUAGCCAUCCUGUCAGUUAUUUAUCUUUAGUAGGUCUCAUGUUGAAAAUUGCUCCAUUUUGGACCACUACAGGAGAUUUUGAAGAAAUGAGUGCUUUAUGGACCAUUCCUAAUUUUGUUGAACAUUUUGAAAUUUGAAUUUAGAAAUAACAAUUUUGUGCAUUCUCUGCAGAGCAAUUUCUUCAGUCAGCAUAUAUGUCAGAAGUGAAUGACAUGUCAACAAAUAAAUGCCGAGCUGUUGUUCCUUGGGUUCCCUCUGUGGUUCCUUAUGUUGCAGGUGAGGAUGUUUCCCCACCAGAGGCUCCAGAGUUGAUGGAGGCUGAUGAGAUGGGAGAAGCAUCAAUGGAUAUCGAAGAGAAUGAUUGUGUGAGCAUGGAGCAAGAGCUGGGACAUGGAAAUGGCGUUUUGAAGGCUAGUGAGGGCUUUCAUCAGUGGCCACAACAGCACUGUAUGAUCCCACAGCUGCCUCAGAAUACCUUCACUCCCAUCACAUGGUCCCGGUAACGAAUAUGAGCAAAGCAAAGUUAAUGAAAUGUUGCCUCCAUUCUUGUAAUUCUUUAUUUUUUUGGAGGGAGUUGAAGGGAGGUUAUGGAUAGGAGGUAGUUAUAGGUAAGAUGUAGAAGGUAGUGGAAACAAAUAUGGAUCCCACUUAUGUACCAAGAGAAAAAGAUGGAUUCCACUUUUGCUGGCUACUGAAGUUGAACUAAGAAGUCUUUUGUUAAGACAGAAGGAGAUAAUGUAAUGCAGCAGGUGUAAAAUAUCUUUUCUUCCUGGUUUCUAUUGCCUGCAAAUUGAAUAGAAUACAGUUGAGUGA